AUGAUGAGUAGUAGGUACGGCUUGAGAAGUGGUUUGUUACAACUCAGAAGAUGCCAAAGUACCAAGGCUAACGGAAUUUGGACAGACUUUAGCCAACGUGCCGCGUCUUUGAAAAUUAACAAUGAUUCAAUUAAGGACACUUUGUUUGGGCAAGUGAACCCAGAAAAGGGACCAGCAUCAAUGAACAACAAGGAAGAAAGCCUAUCUUAUCACUCCCCUCUCGCGAUUGACGAAACUUUUCAAAUGGCAUACAAGAUUUUGGAGAAUGAGGCUGAUUCAAAGUACAAAAUUGUGAACCGUUUGAAGAAAUCUCUUGAAAAUGCUACAUCAGAAAAGAAUGUGGUUGCUAUAAAAGAACAAAUUGACAAAUAUUUGAUAGAAGCUGAGGCUCAAAAUCCCGAGGUCUUAUACAAUGCUGAAUUUUUUGAGCCCGAACAACUAGACAAAACACAACCAAUUUAUAGACAUUUGUUGAAGCAAAAAUGGGAAAAUUAUGAUUUGUUGGUCACCAUGCAAAGACUCGAACAGUUACAUGUUAUACCAGACACUUUACCAACAUUGGUGCCAAAGGCUGAUGUGAAAGUCAAAUUCACUCACAAUACAGAUGAUCAGUUCAGCAAGUGGGUAACCCCUGGAGAAUUGUUACCCGCAUUUGCGGUUUCUGAACCUCCAACGAUACACAUUCAAGAAUUUGAUCGUGUUGAAGGUAACAACAACUUGUACACAAUUUUGUUGGUGAAUCCUGAUACACCAAACUUGGAGACAAACUCGUUCACAACUACUAUGCAUUAUGGAUUGAAAAACGUCCCCCUCAAUAAUGCUGACAAUGUAAUAGACGUUUCUAAGUUGAUGGAAGUGGGACCAAGAAUUACUUUUCAAGAAUACGUUCCGUUGACUCCAGAGAAAAACGCUCCGGCACAAAGAGCAUGUUUAUGGGUGUUUAGACAAUCCGAAAGCCUUGGUGACAUUUCAGAUACAAGCGAGAAUUUCGACAUUAGAGAGUUUGUUGCUAAACACGGCUUGACUCCAAUUGGGGCUCACGUUUGGAGGCAAAAGUUUGACAGAAGCGUACCUGAAAUUAGACAAUUGUAUGGCUUAGGCGAGGGAAGAGUGUAUGAAAAAUUUAGAAGUAUGGAUCCUAUCAACCUUUAG